AUGGAUGAGCCACUGUUCGGAGAACAGAAGAAGCAGGCCCAGAUCGGGCAAUAUAUCGUCGGUCUGACAGUCACUAUAUUCACUCUCUUCUCACUGGCAGUUGGUAUAUUCUUUGGUAUUAAGCACCCGAGAGACUUUACAUUGGUUGGAACUCUUGCAUUGGUGUUCAUGAGCACUGCUUUGCUGGUGCGUUGGUGGAAGGACAGAGAUGAUGCCAUUCAUCCAAAGUUUAAGUGGCUUGUAUUCUUGCUCAUCCUCUCUACUCUUGCAUGUGGUGUCACUGUCAACGUCUUUGUCUGGGAGAAGAUCAUCCCACAACCAGUCUGCAAUGGACUCUAUAUGACUGGCGACAAGAAAUGUUUCAAAUGGCCAGACACUGGAGCAUGUCAGACAACUGAUUGCCUUCAGGUUGACUAUGUUGGAUUUAACAUUAUGUGUACCAACUGUACUGUACCAUGUACAAAUGGCACGAUGGAGGAGAUGGACUCUUUUGAGCCAGAGAAGGAUAUCUAUGAGUUCAAGCUGCCCGUCAUCGACAACAACUAG